AUGGGAAAGCCGAAAUUAUUAGAGACAAGGUUCUCACCAUGCUACAUCGCAGAUUUGUUCAAAGAUCUGGAAACAAACCAGGCCCAAGCAAAGCUAGAUGAGAUAGAAGCAAUGCGUUUUGGUUUCCUGAAGCUAGUCCCAAAGUGGCAUGUUAAACAAGGAAUAAUGGUGAUGUUGGCCAAGACCUACGACACUGAAACGAGCACCCUCAGUGUAGAUCAUGGAAUCAUCCGCAUUGGGCCCGAGCUAUUCCAGUGUGUUUUUGGAAUUCCGCCCGAUGUUGAUGACUUCCCACCAUUCGACGGCGGGAAUGCUGCCCAUGUCUUAAUAAAAGAAGAUUUCACCAGUUGAAAACUAUAAAGCUGAGGCAUUUUGUCAACUAGUGUGCUAUGGAUACUAAAGAUGACAGGAUGGAGUUCAGAAGGCAUUUCAUCUUGCUUGUGCUGAAGAUGUUUCUGUGUCCAACUGUGCAACAUGUUAUCUCACCGUGACACAUCGAUACAAUACUUGAUGUAUCUAAUUCCGGAAGAUACCGUUGGCUGUUGCAUAUUUUCAAAUCGUUAGAACAGGGAAUUAGGAAGUACCAACGUAAAAAUAAUAAGUCUUGUGAGGGCUGCAUGUUUGCCUUGCUGGUAACCUUUUGAAUUCAAAAUGCAUUGUAAUCUGACUAACCCUUGCAUCCCAAAAAUUAAGUUGUGUAUGUAAUAUCUCCAAGUGUUG